AUGAGCAGGCCACAGGAUGGCUCUCUACCAGAAGAACGCCACUUCGAUGCCCGCUCCGCCCACCGCGCCACGGCCGACCAUGCCUCGCUCGUCAAGAACAAGAGCAUGUCCAACCUGCUCUCCCACACCGCCUCCGCCCCGCCCGCAAUCGACACGGCCAAGCGCAUGAGCUUCGACGCCGGCCAGCUCGACCGCAUCACGAGGUCGUCCAUGGUCUCAGAGCACGAGCAUGGCCUGGGCGCAUCGGGCCUGCGCCGCAUUCGCCAGCAGCCACCCCGCCCGCUGCCCACCGCCCAGCGAAGCGCCUCGCUGAACUUUGGCACCCCGCCGGCCUCGCGACAGCCCUCCGACCCCGCGCCCGCCGCGCCCUCUGCGCCAGGAUCCCCGACCCUUGCCUUUGGCGAAGACCUCACCCGCUUCCCCUCCGAGUCGCUGCACUCCUUCUCCUUUGCAACCCAGUCGGACGACUUCAUACACAACCGCCAGAAUGUGCUGAAGCGCUCCAUCGACUUCAUGCGCGACCGCCUGGGCUGGGCCGCCACCAACCCCGGCAUCGCCAACGCCCAAGCCAAGCUCAGCGGGGAUCUCGAGGUCCAGAGCAUGAUGGAGCUGCUGCAGAGAGCGAACCUGAUUGGCCAGGAUGGCACGGGAGCGCAUGGCCUCGGAGCCCUUGGCCCCCUCACCGGCCCUGCAGACGUCUCGGGCGAGAACCUGUUCGACAAGAGCUUCGACGUCAGGCCGUCUGCGAGCCCGGAGAGCAUGCCCGAGCCCUCACGCCUGCCCGCGCACCGCCCUGCCUCCACCGACUUCAACAGCAGCGACGAGCAGGAAGCACUCGGCCGUUCCCUGUCCGACCUGAGCUCCGACCCACUCAGCCCCACGGCUACAAACACCUCCCUACCCCCGCUGCCGCCCAAGCGUGCGGCUCUGAAGCGUACAUUCACCGACGUCGCCCCGCUCACCAUACAGAGCCAACUUCACGAUGCGCUGGCGAAACCUUACUUGGUCGGAGACCAGCUUCCCACCAGCUCGCUCUUCUCGCCAACCUCCAUCCCCUCACUCCCCCCGAGCUUCCACACCGUCCAAGGUCCUCUGUCUGCCGGCCCGGCGCCUCACGGCCACGGAACUCGACAUGCGGCAGCUGCGCAGGCCAUCUUCACCACCGAAGCACAGCCGCCGUGGACCAUCACCUCUGCCAACGAUUUGGCGUGCUUGGUGUUUGGCGUGACAAGGGCUGAGGUCCGCAAACUGGGCAUCCUAGAAGUCGUCCGCGAGGAUCGACGGUCGUGGCUGGAGGGCAAGCUGAAGAACCCAGACGUGGGCUCCAAGGCGCAGGCCGCUGCACUGGCGCCGACAACGAAUCUCAAAGUCGGUAGUGGUCUGACAGCGCGACUGCUGAGCAAGCCUCCAUCCCGGUCAACAGCUGCGCGGAAAGCAAAGACAGAUGAUGGCAGCGGGUCGUCGUACUACAACGCCAAGAAGACCGGAAAGCUCAACCACGAGUCCAAGGGGUCGAGAGGCGUGCUGCUCUGCGGUGAUGUGAUCCCAAUACAGAAGCGCAACGGCGCCACCGGUGCAGCGAGCUUGUGGGUGAAGGAGAAGCGUGGCGGGCUGAUCUGGGUGCUGGAGGAGAUAGCCGAGGACGUCGUGUUCAUCAACGUCGACGAAGUCGGCUGCGUUUCCAAGGGCUGGGGCGCGAUAGAUGCCGUCUUCGGGGGCGACCGGCUACGAAGAGGCAUGGACCUCACGCGCUUGAUACCCGGGAUACCGCGCCUCAAAGGCACCAACACUGGCGCGCUGGACUACGAGGAGAUUGCCAGCAUACGAAGCUACACAGCUCGCACAUCGAACAGCAUCAACAUUCCGGUCACGGUGGAAGCACUACCACACGAGCCCACCUUCCGCGUCUCCAGCUUCCCUCACAUUGCCGGUAUCAUCGUGCUCUCCUCCUCCGACCUCACCGUCACAAGCUCGAAUUCCGUCUUCUCAGAGGCGCUGUUUGGGCAGCCGCGACCCGAGAGCCUCCACGUGAGCAAGCUGAUACCCGCCUUCGAUAAGAUCCUGCACGUCAUGACCGAUGAAGACAAGAUCGAGCUGGUGGACGGCAUUGUCAUCCCAGAGCAUAGCUUCCGGCGCGCACGAGCUCUUCUCGCCAUGCGCGAAGGCAGCGCGGACGCAGCAGCCAUCUUCUUGCGGCCGAGCGGCCUUCCAGCCGUGCACCGCGACGGGUCGGAGAUUAUGGUCGACGUGCAGAUGAGGGUCGUCAAGAGCGACAAGCGUCCUCGAUUCGAUGAGCAUGUGAUUGAAGAAGAGGAUGGCUCCACUCGACCGCCAGACAAACCAGAACUAGUGUACGCUCUGUGGGUUACCUACUCUAGGCAACUGCACGCUGCAAACCACGGGGUCGGACCAGUCACGCCGCUUGUAUCGCGUCCAGGCACGCCACCUCACCAGCCGUCGCCUGGCCAGUCCAACCUCAUCCUCCCAGAGGAGCCCGAUUCCGACCACUCGAAAGCAAGCACUCCGCCUGUCUCGCUGCUGACACAGCAGUUGCAAGAAGCUGCCAAACCCUUGCCUCCGCUGGAGACACCCGCACACGCCAUGGCAGCAUCCGUACUGGCCAAGGAGGAUCCAGCUACGAAGAAGACGAUCAACGAUUUCAUCGUCCUCGAGGAGAUGGGCCAGGGCGCGUACGGGCAAGUUAAGCUCUGCCGGUACAAGAAGAACAGCAGCAAGAAGGUGGUCAUCAAGUUUGUCACGAAACGGCGCAUUCUCGUCGACACAUGGACUCGAGAUCGCAGGCUCGGAACCGUACCUCUAGAGAUCCACGUCCUCGACUUUCUGCGGAGAGACGGCUUCCAACACCCAAAUGUUGUCGAGAUGGCAGACUUCUUCGAAGACGACACCAACUACUACAUCGAAAUGAUUCCGCAUGGCCUCCCCGGCAUGGAUCUCUUCGACUACAUCGAGCUCCGCGUCAACAUGGAAGAGAAGGAGUGCCGCAAGAUCUUCGUCCAGGUCGCCGAGGCAGUGCACUUCCUGCACACCAAAGCCAAAGUCGUGCAUCGCGACAUCAAAGACGAAAACGUGGUGCUGGACGGCGAGGGCAACAUCAAGCUCAUCGACUUUGGCAGCGCGGCGUACAUCAAGAGCGGGCCUUUUGACGUCUUCGUCGGCACCAUCGACUACGCCGCCCCCGAGGUGCUCGCCGGCCGUGCCUACCGCGGCAAAGAGCAGGACGUGUGGGCCCUCGGCAUCUUGCUGUACACCAUCAUCUACAAAGAGAACCCCUUCUACUCGAUCGACGAGAUCAUGGACCACGACCUGCGCGUGCCGUGGGUGAUGAGCGAGGAGAGCAUUGACUUGAUCCGGCUGAUGCUGGACCGCGACGUCGAGAAGAGAAUCACAAUCAGCCAGGUGUUGGAGCAUCCGUGGUGCGCGGCAGGCAGCGUGGAAGUAGCAGCUUGA